UGUUGCAGUCUAUGGGGUCCCAAAGAGUCAGACGCAACUGAGCAACUGAACUGAACUGAACUGAAGCUAAUAAAGUAAGCUGGCAAAAAACAAGAGUGACAGGCCAAACAGACACAACGUCUGCUUCAGGAUGCAGCUAAUUAAUUCUGUGGCCUGAGAGGUUUUGUUUUCUACCUGUCUGAAGAUAGAGAACUAGAAUCAAUGUCCUUAAAACUCAUUUAUUUGAGAAUUGAAAUGUCUUUAUAGACCAUUUAGUCCAACCUAAUAGGUGCGCAGACAAGGAGGCUGAAACCAGGAGGGGGCUGUGACUUGCCCAAGAUCACAGCGAGUUCCUGACUGAAUCGGGUCUACUGGUCAGAUCCUCUGAACCCAGAUCUGGGCCUUUUACUCACUAACCUUCUUGAGAUGGUGACCAGUCCUGAGAUUCCAUGACUAUGACUCAGCGGUUCUAUAAUUCCAAGACAAAGCACAAUGGCAGUGCUCCAGACAGCCUUGGUACAGAAGAACAUGAUCUAGGCUGAAGCAUCAACUGAAUCAUUUUUUUUGUUUCACUUCAAAAUCUCAACUACACCAUCAUGGAUUCAAGAGCUGCACACAGUCCUGUGUUUCUAGUAUUUCCUCCAGACAUCACUAUGCCUGAAUUUCAGUCAGGGGAUAUUACAGGCACAACCUAUGACUCUAGCAUGCCCUUUCCAAAAUCACUUGCUACAAGAAUGAAAAUCUUAGGGGCUGUCCAGAUCCUGUUUGGAGUGAUGAACUUUUCUUUUGGAACUGUUCUCCUUUUCACCUUGGAAGAUCCAUACCCAAGGUUUCCCUUUAUAUUUAUUUCAGGAUAUCCAUUCUGGAGCUCCGUUUUGUUUGUUAAUUCUGGAGCCUUUCUAGUUGCACUGGAAAGAAAAACCACAGAAACUCUGGUGACGCUGAGCCGAAUAAUGAACUCGCUGAGCGCCGUGGCAGCGGCAGCUGGAACCAUCCUCCUCAUUGUUGGCUUCCUUAUAGAUCGAGACUUCUUGUGUGGCUAUUCUGGAGAAGCUAGUGAGUGCCACGCGGUUACCACUCUAUUCAUUGGAAUUUUGGUUACGUUGAUGGCCUUCAGCAUCACUGAAUUUCUCAUUUCCCUGUCUUUCUCGGUUAUGAGGGGACCCACUGAGUGUGGUGACUGUGAGGAAUGGGAUGGAGCAGAACUGUGAGAAUAAAGGCUUGAUAUGCAAUGUGACCGAGAGGCGAAUUAUGCUGGUGAGGAAAAGCCAGCAGGAACACAGACUCUUAAGGCCGGUAAUUGCUUGAAGCAAAGGGGAGUGAC